AUUUUCUUAAUUUUUUAAUUUUUUUUCAGAUUUGUAUCUAGCUAUGAUGUCCGAUUCAAGUUUUGAUUCCAGCUCUAGUAGCGAGGAUGAGAUGGAUCCUAGUGAAAAUGUGAACACAGCUGAAGAUAAUGUCAACAGACGUGUCGGUCAUAUUGGAGUGGCGUACGAGGGUGGUGCACUGGUUUGGGCAGGUUAUGCAGAAGUUCCCCCAUUUCUGGAAGGUCAUGAGUAUUGGCCUCCAGGUGAUGUUUGGCAUUUCUCAUUUUAUCACAAUGUUUGGAGAAAGCUGACUACUAAAGGGGACACUCCAAAUAGAUGUUCUGGGGCUGGUGGUUGUAUUCUAGAAGAUACAUUGUUUAUAGUUGCAGGCUUUCAUCAGGUUUUCAGAACAUAUAACAGAGACUCUUCUGAGAGUUCAGAUGAUGAUGAUCAACCACCACGCUAUCCUAGGAUAGAAAUAUCUAACAGAAUCUGGAGUUUGAACUUGCGAAGUUUGGUUUGGAAAAAGUUGACCCCUGGCGGUAUACCUCCACUAGCCUGUGAUAAAACCAGUUUAUGGCCCUACCAGGAUAAGGUUUUUCUUUUUGGUGGAUUUGGAACCCCGCAUACACAACAAUCUCAUGGUGCCGUGUCAAGAAAAUUUCAGUUUGUAGAAGAUGAACCAUUUCCUGGUAUUUCCAGGCGGGGUUGGUCCAACCAACUUGUUUAUUAUAAUAGUGAGAAAAAUAGGUGGGUGUGGCCGAAUUUCUCAGGAACGCCUCCUUCCCCCAGGGCAGCCCAUAGCGCUGCUAUUAUUAGUGACAAAGUUUAUAUAUUCGGCGGCCGUCAUUCUGAGAAUCGUCUAAACGACCUACACUGUCUGGACCUAGUUAGUAUGACCUGGACUUCUCUUCUUCUUCCUUCUGACUCUCCCCCAGUUGGUAGAUCCUGGCAAUCCCUUACUCCUAUAUAUACAGGUAAGCCCCCUGGUGGAUUGCUGCUGUAUGGUGGAUUUGAUAAAAAUAUGACCGCUCUCUCGGAUUGCUGGAGGAUGGAUUUUGCUAAUGAAGAAUUGAGUUGGGUAAGACAAAAACAGUUUGAGGAUGGAGCCCGGCUUUGGCACACAGCUGUUCCUAUCAAUCAAUCAACUGUAAUUAUUGUUGGUGGCCUCACUAACAAUAUCCAGGCUCCGGAAUACGUUACUAAACAUCAUGCAGAAAAGGUUUUAUUUCUGCGUGUUGCUCCCCCUAGUUUGCUCUCUCUUUCUCUAGAGUUUAUUUCAAAUCAUCAAACUUUAUUCAAACAACAUUUUCGGGAACUACCUUUUAAUCUCAGGAGUAUUCUGGAGAUUAGAGCAUCUGGAGGCGCCUAAUUCAAGUAUUCUUUUCACUUGUCUCAAGACUUCAAUCUUGGGUAUUCCACUAGCCUAAAGAACUCAAUCUUGGGUAUUCCACUAGCCUCAAGAACUCAAUCUUGGGUAUUCCACUAGCCUAAAGAACUUAAACUCGGGUAUAUCACUAGCCUAAAGAACUCAAUCUGGAUAUUCCACUAGCCUCAAUCAUUUAAUCUUUGGUAUUCCACUAGCCUCAAUAACUUAAUCUUUGGGAUUCCCCUAGCCUCAAGAUCUUGGGUAUUCCACUACUAGCCCUUAAGAAUAUAAUCUUGGAUAUUCAACUGGCUUUAACAAUUUAAUCUUGGUUAUUCCACUAGCCUCAAGAACUCCAAUCUGGGUAUUCCACUAGCCUAAAAAAUGCAAUCUUUGGGAUUCCACUAGCCUAAAAAAAUUUAAUCUUUUGGAUUCCAUUAGCCUCAAGGACUCAAUCUUGGGUAUUCCAUUAUCCUCAAGAAUUCAAUCUUCGGUAUUCCACUAGCCUCUUUUAAUCUUGUUCCUAACCAAUAAAACGCUUCAAAAAUGGAAAUAUUUUUUCCAUAACUAGUCCAACAAAUGUGCAUUAUCUUGACCAUUACUAUCGUUAAGAAUGAACUCUGAUCUUAACCACAAUUGUCUUUAGGAUCGAUUCGAUAUGUCCUUAUAAUAAAUAGCUACAAGAAUGUUUAUUUCUAGAAUUGACAAUGUCUUGACUCUGUAAGUCCUAAGAAAUAACAUAUCUUGGUCAUAUCAAGUUCAUAGGUUUGACCAAAUCUAAGUCAUUCUGGGUCAAUGAUUAAGUCCAAUGAUUGUUUUCUGAAUCUUGAAAUUGGAUCUUAUUAUUGUUAUAUUGAUAUUUUAAGCUUGCAAAUUAUACCUAUGUUAUUAUUAAUAUUUGUAAUGUAUUAUUGAUGAAGUUGAUCUCCUUUUUUCCAAUGAUGUUUUGGUUGAUACUAAAAGGACUUCACUAGUCUCCUGGAGUUUGAGACUAGUGAGGUCCUUUAGUAGAAAUUAAGUACUUUGUUUUUAAAUCUAAUAUUUUCUCAAUGGCCCAUAAUCUAAUAUUUAUAAUAAUAUUAGUUUUUUUCAUAUGUUGUAAAAAGUUAACGCAAUUUAUUAUAGCAAAAUAAUUUCAGAAA